AAACACUAAAAAUACAAAAUAAUGGCAACACAUUCCAUCUCCAAAUAUAGGCUGACCAAAUCAAUACAUAAAGAAUAACUCAAAUUAUUGAAACAAUAAUUGAGCGAUCUAAAUCCUCAAGACUAUCAGACCAACAAUCCACAACACAAUCUCACCAAUCUUACUCAAUAAUUGUAAAAUCUCAAUUCUCAAACCAAAAGAUUUAAUUCUAUUUUCGAUGAGAUUAAACAACAACCACCCCUCGCAUGCAACAAAUGCAGCGCAUACUUAACACAAAAUUUUGAUUUGUCAUUAACUAAAAUCCUUCAAGAAUUAUCAUUUCCAAGUCAAUAAGAAAUAAAAGAAAGAAUGUAAAGCAAGAGAAAAUGCACUCAACCACUAAACUACGCUAAUGAAGGAACAAUAAAAGAAGAUUACAAAUUUUGA